ACUGUCAUGGCGGCUUCCAUACUCGGCAUGCAGAAUGCUUUCAAGAAAACCGUCGUCCCACCCUUGGUUGUGAUUCUUGGAGCAACGGGCACUGGCAAAUCUAAACUGGCAAUUGAAAUCGGUAAACGACUGCAAGGCGAGAUAAUAAGUGCUGAUUCUAUGCAGGUCUAUAAAGGACUGGACAUUAUAACCAAUAAAGUCACUGCUGAGGAGCGGGCUCAGUGUCCACAUCACAUGAUCAGCUUCUUGGACCCACUGGUUAACAGCUAUACAGUGGUGGACUUCAGAAACCAUGCUCUUCAACUCAUAGAAGACCUGCACCAGCGUCAGAAGCUGCCCAUAGUCGUGGGAGGAACCAACUACUACAUCGAGUCCCUUCUGUGGAAGGUGCUGGUGGACACUAGACAGGGCAAUGAAGAUCAGGAACGGCGUUUGUGUUGUCCGGAUCCAAAGAUGGCCUUACAGAAACUGGGGGCUCCUGAGUUGCAUCGACGGCUGACUGAGGUGGACCCUGAUAUGGCAGCCAUUUUGCAUCCUCAUGAUACCCGCAAGAUUGCAAGGAGCCUGCAAGUGUUUGAGGAAACAGGUGUGGCUCACAGCAGACUGCUGGAGCAGCAAAGACAACAGGAGGGGGGUGACAUCCUUGGGGGGCCUCUAAGAUUCCCAGAGCCCUGCAUCUUCUGGCUGCACGCUGAUAUGCAGACUCUGGAUGAACGCUUGGAUCAACGGGUGGAGGAGAUGCUUUCACAAGGCCUCAUCGCUGAGCUCCAGCAAUUCCACUUAGGCUAUAAUCAACAGAUGGUCCAGGAGAACUGUCAGGACUACCAGCAUGGUAUCUUCCAGUCCAUUGGUUUUAAGGAGUUCCAUGAAUAUCUCACAGCAGACAGGGAGACCAGCCAGGAGGAGCUCAAUAGACUGAAGAUGAAAGGUGUUGAGGCUUUGAAGAUGGUGACUCGGCGUUAUGCUCGGAAACAGAAUAAAUGGGUUCGAAACCGCUUCCUCAAGAGGCCUGGUUCUAAUGUGCCUCCAGUUUAUGGUCUCGAUGUGACUAAUUUGUCACAAUGGGAGGACACAGUCCUCAACCCUGCUCUGUGUAUCCUAGAGAACCUUCAGAAGGGUGAGAAGCCUUUGAUUGAACCACUGAGGCUUGAGGGGUCAGGACAGAAGAACAAGAGGAGCCACCACACGUGUGAGCUGUGUAAAAAGAUCAUCAUUGGAGACCUGGAGUGGAGUGCUCAUCUGAAGUCUAAAACCCACCAGCAUCAUGUCAGGAAGAAACGGAGAACAGAAGCAACCUCAGAUCAGCAGUUGCACCAGCAUGCUCACCAGUCAUCAACAGAGGUUUUUACUCAAGCAAGGUCAAUCCCUGGCCCUGAAAGAGCCACGUCAGAGGAAGACACACCAUAGCAGGCAAGUGGAAGCGAGCAGCUACAAUGUGGACCACAGAUAAUGAUAAUCUACAUUGUCUGUGUGGCUGUGGUGUGCAGAGUGUUGCAAUACACGUUUGUGUCAUGACAUUUUUGAGACGAGAGAAUUGAAGAAUAGAACUAUCAGCAUCUCUUAAAUGAGGUUGUAAAUGCUGUAGCCGAUAAAGAUCUAGCUCUUUGUGCAGACCUUGCUCUUGUCAACUACUACCGCAAAUUAUUAUUGUUAUUAUUUUAAAAGUAAUAAAGGAUUAAUAAUAUAAUGUGUUUACACAAUUAUACUCAAUUUAUUUUGGUAAUUUCAUAUAUGCACAGAAGGGGUGUUAAAAUCCUUGUUUUGUAGAAGAAGGGUAUUCCACAGAGGCCAAUCAACAGCCAAGCCUAUUUAACAUUACAGAACAUGACGCAGGAUAUAUCGACAUUGAUGUAUAGCUGGUGGUAUUCCCCAAGGUGGCACAUGUUUUACUCUUGCACAGUACCACAGUGCUAGUCAGUGAUGUACAAGUUGAUCUGAGUUAAGCAGGGUGCCUGCAGUCACCCGCAGUUACGAUUCAGAGAAAAAAUAUUUGUAAUGAUAUUCGGGUCAUUUGCGAGCAGGUCAGUUAAAAUAAAUGAAAUAUAUCUAAAAAUGUAUAAAAUAUCAUGAGAAGGCUAACAUUAAUAUUUAACUCAAAUAUUAAAAGACAUCAUUGGCUAAAUAAGCAACAUGAGAUUGCCACAUAGGUGACCUGUAUGAUAGGAGAAUGGAGAUUGAGACGGUAGAAAAGCUGAAGAUGGGAUACAAUAAAAAGACAACUUUAA